AUGUACUCACCGUAGUAAAAACCUGCCUUAGCAAGGCUGCCUCGGGAAGAGGGAUGGCCCGUGCAGGCACGUGCUUUCGUGUCAGAGCAAACGCGUGUCGACCUCCAAGAACCGUGGCUCAAGGCCAUUAUCGAGCUUCGCGAACGGGAAUGACGACAGACUUCGAGGCAUACCAUGGCUCCGACUUCCCAUGGAAGAACAGGUCCUCAUGCUCGCGAGAGCUUCAACAACGGGUCCUUGCACAAUGGCCCACCGCCAUCGACGCUGGCUGCGCAGCUGGUCGAAAACAUCUCGGCAUCUACAAGAUCGUCGCGCCCUGAUGAGACGGCAGAGUUGAAGAAGUUCUUCGCUAUCAUUGAAAAGGUAAAGAAUCAACCUGAACUUCUCAAGUCGCGGGAAGAGCGAAUAGAACACAACCACAUGCUCAUUUACGUCUACGCUCGAGUCGUCUUGGAAGGCCUUAAGUGGGACGAUCCAUUUGCCGAUCGGGCCCAGUUGCGUGCAGAUGCCCUGAGAGCCAUCAGUUUCCUCAAAGUGACCAUCAAAGAGACACCCGAUGUCCUACUCCUUCCUGCAGAUGGCAUAUCCUUCAUUUUUCGAGGCAGCGAACCCCUUUGGCUAUGGAUUCUGCCAAAAGUUCUCAAAAUGCUUGGCCACCGAGAAUGCCUUGCCUUGACAAAGGCAAUCGAGGAGUUUCUGCAUGAUAUCUACCAAAUCCUCUGCCAGACAGGUUCCUUGUGGUCACUCCUCCCACAAUACCUCUCCUAUUUCAAGAGGAAUUUCGAUGCUAUACAUCACCACUUGAACGAGUUGAAAUGUCCCGUACCAAGUAAGGACAUUGGCCUUCGACUUCGCUUGCCGCCAGAUGCCUCCCUGGAAUCCCUGACUGGUCUGAACGUGCAGUUUCCGCAACAGCAAUGUACCUAUCGAUUGUCGACAGUCUCUCACGCUCUUCGCCACGCUUCAAAUCUGUUGUCGAUACUGACAUCUCUGUUGGCUUUGAAAGACCCUAGCAAUCUCAUGACCUCCUCUUCUCAAGAGUAUGUGCCGUGGCUGCUGGAUACCUACUUCGCCUUCCAUGGAUGCCAAAAGCGAUGGCAAGGUGCCUGCGCCAGCUGCUUGCCACUCUUAAUGCAGAACAUACUGCGACUUCUCACAGCACUCGGGGGAUCAUCCGAUACCGAUGUUUCACUACACGGAAAAGCCUGCUCAUUAUUGGUCUUAUUCUGUGCUGACUUUGCGGAUCAAUGGGACCAACUUGUCACGAGUGAAAACGACGGUGAACCGCCGAGCCAACUUAUCUGCUUGGCCUUGGUGAAGGUGACUGAAGCAUGCGUCAAGCACAAACCCGUCUCAAUAUUCGUUACCCUGCAGUUAAUUCCGUCGCUUGAAAAACUAGCUAUGCCAGCCGGCAGCGAUUUGCGGACUUGUUUCGAGCUACUGCAACAAUCUUUGACUGGGCCGGGCCCACCGUCCCCGAGCGUUGUUAUUGAGCCUGAACGAUUUGCGGAUCAGCGGUUAUGCCGUCAGGUCAGGGCCAUGAGUCUUAAAUCGAGUAUCAACGGCCUAGUUGAACCCCAAGUAAAACGUAGGAAGAUAUCUGUCGAAUCACAAACCUUGCCUCAGAUUCUGGGACUGCUGUACCGAGUUCUAGGUUCGGAGUACAAGGGCGACCUCAGGGAUUUGGACGAGUUAUUCAAAAACGUCUUUCCACAACUCGGUGAUCUAGACCAAUGUUCGGCGAUUGAUCUUCUAGGCUAUGUCGGUUGCGCCGCCGACGACACACUUCUUCUGGAGCCAUACAGCGACAGCAGCGCCUCACGGCUGAAUUGUACUUAUUGCCAAGUCAAGGAUGUCAACAGGCAAAUACCAAGUUGCUUUGAUGCUGCUGCGAAGACGGCAGUGCUUGGCAUUUUCCCUUCUUUGCUAAGCAUGCCAAGCUUCGUUGAGUCGCGACGACCUCGCGUCACGGCAAUGAUUGGGUUGCAGCGUCUCGCAGCGCAUUCCCAUGAUCCUGUGUUCCUCGAUUUGGAAGUGUCUACUGCCGCCCAGUGGUGUAUCAAAUCACUUCAGAGCUCUGUCAGAGAGCUACGAAUAGCUGCUGGGCGUACUUUAUCCGUUUUUCUCGACGGGUCAACUCAUCUUAGCACCGACCCCGAAGUGCUCAUGCGAAACCGUACACUUGCACUUAGCGCUCUUCGAUCAAUUUCUGAGCAAGGCCUAUCCCACGGCACCGAGGCAUGCAUCAUGGCAUGGUCUCAAGUCGGUCGCGUCGUUCCUGAUGAUCAACUCAACCUUGUUUUGGUCAAACUUGUUGAGUACUUGGGCCAUGACAAUAUCAUUGUGCCUGCUGCGGCUUUCAACGAGAUCUUAAGCCUGGCCCGGGCUAGACAAACAACCCCACGCCUAUUGUUUGAGCCUUUUUGGAGGAAUUUGGCAUUCUCUGCCGUCAAGGAUCUGACUUCAAAGCCGAAAACUGCGCGAUCCCUGGCAGAUCUGCUUGAAAUUACCGUCUCAGAUCUACUCCUUUCAACGCAUGGCUAUGCUCUACCAUGGCUUGUACUCACCAAGAAGCAAGAUGUCAUACAGAAGAUUGCGGAAGUCCGCAAAGAGACAGAACCGUGGCAACCCUGCCUCGAUAAUGACAAUCUCGGUUCAAUUCUGGCCCUCUUGCUUGUUCAAGAUGCCGCAGACAUUCAUGAUUUCGCAAUGGGUGUUCUGAGACAUAUAUCUCCCCAUUUCGAAGACUUCAAACUGGUCGACUUACUUCAGAUGGAGCCUUUGAUGACGACUCUGGAACUCUUGAAGACAGCUGGCGACGCAGACGAGGGUCGCAAGCCGCACAUCCGGGCGGCACUCGGUCUCAUGGCUAGCAUGAUUCAAUCCGCCAAUGGGGACCACAAACAAAAGAAAACGGCCACGGGUCGUUUCCUCCAGCACUAUGCGCUGGGGCUAAUGGCUCGUUUGACUGAUGUCAUCAACGACACGUCAAAUCUGCGCUCUCCCAUUCAAGAACAAAAUCGAUGUAUCAAGGCAAUGGAAGAAAUGAUACGAAUAGGGAAGGCCUAUAUCCGCAUCGCAAGACCUCAGAUCUCUGCUUGUCUCCUCGCCGCCUUGUCACAAGACGGACUUCGCACGUCUGCCUUCUCAUGCUGGGCUGCCAUGAUUCGUUAUCUGGAAGAAGAUGUGGAUGUCUUGAUCGAGACAACCUUCUUCAUUAUUAACCAUUACUGGGCUUGUUUCGAUGCUACAACCCAGCAACGCUCUCGAGAACUGUUGGAAUUCUUGCUUGGAAAGGAGAGGCCACUGCUAGAAGCAUUCAUCAGUAAACUCCCAUCAUUCAGCCACAUAAACGGCUUGGCCGAAGUGGAGAGCAAACUGAGCCAACUACGAGAGCCUGUCGACAAUCGGACAGCCUUCUUCCUACUCUCCGAAAGGAUAUCCCAUGAAAACUCCGGAGUUGUGCUGCAGGCACUCCAAGAACUAACUUCCUACCUGGAAAGACAACAGGGAUACUUGCAAGCUUCAGCUGUGAGCGAGCAGCCGGAUACAGUUGUCUCUACCUUGGCACGUGCUCUUCUCGACUGCUCCUCCCGCUAUGCUGCUGAGCAGAGUGAGAUCAGUCGGCUCUGUACACAAAGCAUCGGCCUCCUGGGUUGCCUGGACUCUAACCGUAUAGAAACAGUUCGUGCCGAGAAACAUAUCGUCGUUCUGAGCAACUUUGAGGAUUCUGGUGAGACUACGGAUUUUGUUCUACACGUUCUAGAGAACGUGCUAGUCAAAUGUUUCCUGUCGGCGACAGAUACCAGGCUCCAGGGCUUUCUAUCUUAUGCUAUGCAGGAGCUUCUGGAAAGGUGCGAUAUUGCUGCUGCCAUUAAAAUGGCUGGCACACGGCAGGCCGACGUCAUCUAUCGCAAGUUUUUGGCACUUUCUGAAACUGCCAGAGAAGUGCUCACUCCAUUCCUGAGUUCCAGCUACGUGCUUGUUCCGAUGACGCACCAACAGGUAGAGUAUCCCGUGUUUCGGGCGGGGAAAUCAUACAGUAACUGGAUACGCGCCCUAACCCUAGAUUUGCUUCGACGCCCACAGAAUGCGUUUGCGCAACUAGUCUUCGAACCUCUUUGUCGUGUCAUUCGGGUUAAGGACAUUUCUACGGCUGAGUUUCUCUUCCCCUACGUUGUACUGCACGUCAUUAUUGGCGAGGAGAGCACCGAGGAUGUGCGCGAAAAAGUGAUCCAUGAGCUCCUCAGCGUUCUGCGCCAUGAAGUUUCUGCAGGUGCAGCAUACGCAGAGCGCGACGAAAAGAAGCUUUUCUAUGAGGCUGUGUUUCGCGUCCUGGAUUACGCCAUGCGCUGGCUACAGUCAAAGCGGGCUAUGCAAAGCCAAACCCCAAGAGACGUUAAGGCCAUGAAAAGGGUACAGAACAUUCUGGAUGUGAUACCAGCUGAGCUCAUUUCGCAGCGUGCGGUAGAUUGCAAGGCCUUUUCUCGUGCUUUAUUCCACCUAGAACAACAUAUCCGCCAAGUGGAAGAGAAAAGGGGGAACAGCGACGAGAGGGACCGUCUUCUCCAGAGACUUCAAGACAUCUACACGCAGAUCGACGAACCCGACGGGCUGGAGGGUAUUUCGGCCCACCUUCACGUCCUGGACAUCAACCAGCAAAUUCUCAGUCAUCGCAAAGCUGGACGAUGGGCUGCUGCUCAGACUUGGUAUGAGGUCAAGCAUGCCGAGGAUCCAGAUAACGUAGAUGUGCAGAUUGAUCUGCUUACUUGUCUCAAAGAAUCUGGACAACAUGAUGUUCUGCUUAAUUACGUGGAAGGCAUCGAAAAGCACACGGCUGUCACGACAAUCAAUCGGAUAGUUCCAUAUGCCGUGGAAGCAUCGUGGGCCACAAAUAGAUGGCAGACCAUGCAGAAGUUCAUCUCGAAAUAUCAGGGCGACCGCGCGGAGAACUUCAAUGUUUGCAUUGCGCAGGCCCUACUUCAUCUCCAGAAGGGCUACACUCAGGCAUUUUUUGAGGACAUGAAAACGCUUCGGGGAAGGGUCGCUUCAUCAAUGACAUUUUCGGCUACUUCGUCUCUCCAUACAUGCCAUGAACCCAUGCUCCAAUGCCACGUACUGACCGACCUUGAACUUAUUGCUGGUAUCAAUGGCGAUUCGGGCCAACACCCACAGGAGACGCUCAAGACACUUAAUCGUCGAUUGGAAGUCCUUGGAUCAUACGUCAACGACAAGCAGUACGUGCUGGGUAUAAGGCGUGCUGCCAUGGAACUGAUGCGACCUCGGUUUAAUAACCUGGACAUUUCGUCUCUUUGGCUGGCAAGCGCUAGACUUGCUCGAAAGGCAAAUUCUACGCAUCAAUCUUUCAAUGCUAUACUGCAUGCUUCCCAACUAGGGGAUGAUUCUGCUACCAUUGAAAACGCGAGACUACUCUGGAAAGAUGGCCACAAUAGAAAGGCCAUCCAGACCCUUCAAGGUGCCAUUGCCAGCGAAACCUUCUUGGGCCGUAGCUUUGCCACAGAAGGAGAUUCAUCGGAAAAGACGGCGGAGUCGCAACAGAACAUGCUGACGGCCCGAGCGCACCUGCUUCUUGCAAAAUGGCUUGAUAGUGCUGGUCAGACCCACGCCAGUGCACUACGAAAGCAGUACCAGAACGUCCCCAAGGCGUAUGGAACUUGGGAGAAAGGACACUACUACCUGGGUAGACAUUACAAGAAAGUGCUCGAGUCCGAAAAGACGCUGAAGCCUGACGAUCAGAGCGAGCAUUAUCUCACCGGCGAGAUAGCGAAACUCGUCAUCGAAAACUACAUGCGAUCUCUUAACUAUGGCACAAAGUACCUCUACCAGACGCUGCCAAGGGUAUUGACACUUUGGUUGGAGCUGGGAGCUCAGCUUGACAAGGCGCCAGAGGGCAAGAUAUCGUUGUCUAAGGAGCUCUACCUCCGCCGAGGCGUGCAACUAAAAGAGGUCCACACGUCUUUGAAUAAGUACGUGUACCGCAUGCCGGCCUACAUCUUCUACACUGCGCUCCCCCAAAUUGUGGCCCGCAUUGCCCAUCCCAACGCCGACGUAUUCAUGCUGCUCGAGAGAAUCAUCUUGAAGGUUGUGGAGGCCCACCCUAAACAAGCUCUAUGGAGCUUGUUUGCCAUCAUGACAUCGAGGCAGUCCACAUCGGACCGUCGGGCGCGGGGACAGCAGAUUCUUUUGAAAUUGCGGAGUACGGCAAGGAAGGUAGAAGGCAGCUCUUACGAGCUGAAGGCUUUACUGCGAAUGGGUGAAAAGUUGGCAGACCAGCUGCUGCUAGCCUGCAACAACGGGGACUUCCAGAGCAACCGAACGACGAUGGCUAGCAUCACGAGAGAUCUCAAUUUCAACCACAAAUGUACACCAUGCCCUUUGGUGGUGCCUAUCGAGACUUGUCUCACGGCGACGCUGCCGACUCUUACAGACAACGUCAGGAAGCACAAGGCAUUUUCGCGGGACGUCAUCACCAUCGACUCUUUCCUCGACGAAGUCAUGGUACUUGGCUCGCUGGCCAAGCCCAGGAAACUCACAGCUCGCGGUUCUGACGGAAAUAAUUAUGGCUUACUCAUCAAGCCCAAGGACGACUUGAGGACAGACCAGCGUCUCAUGGAAUUCAACAGCAUGAUCAACCGAUCCCUCAAGCGGGACGCCGAAUCCAGCAGGCGACAACUUUACAUCAAAACAUACGCAGUAACACCACUCAACGAGGAGUGUGGCAUCAUUGAAUGGGUCGACGGACUAAAGACUCUCCGGGACAUUCUUCUCGUCAUCUACCGAUCGCGCGCGAUUGUUCCUAAUUAUGGCCAUCUCGCCCAGAUGAUGAAGGACGCAAUGGUUGGAGACAAGAAUAUCAAAAUCUUCACGGAGGGUAUACUCGGCAUGUUUCCCGCCGUUCUCCCGCACUGGUUUAUCUCUCAAUUCCCCAACCCAUCAGCAUGGUUCGCUGCUCGACUGAAGUACACGCGCUCUUGCGCCGUUAUGUCUAUGGUGGGCACCAUCUUAGGCCUGGGUGACCGCCAUGGAGAGAACGUGCUGCUCGAGGAAGGCAAUGGCGGGGUCUUCCACGUUGAUUUCAAUUGUCUCUUCGACAAGGGACUGACAUUUGCACAACCUGAAAAGGUGCCGUUCCGCUUGACACACAACAUGGUGGCAGCCAUGGGCAUCUACGGCUAUGAAGGCCCUUUCCGGCAGUGCUCCGAACUUACUCUUAGCAUCCUCAGACAGCAAGAGGAAACGCUGAUGACGAUUCUUGAGGCAUUCAUCUACGACCCCACGCUGGAUCUGCAACGGGACAAGAAGCAACGCAAGAACGAAUUGGUCAAGUUGAACCCGCACAGCGUAGUGGAAAGCAUCAAGAGGAAGGUGCGGGGGUUGCUGCCAGAGGAGAGCAUCCCUCUCGGCGUAGAAGGACAGGUCGAGGAGCUCAUCAAACAGGCUGUGAAUCCAAGGAAUCUGACGGCCAUGUAUAUUGGGUGGUGUCCUUUCCUGUAAGUGUAAGCCGUUGAGUGUACCAUAGUAGCUUGUUGCAGCACGGAUUGCAUUACAUUCAUUCGAAGUCAGACACAUCAAAUGCAAUUACUCUAGGACUUACGUAGC